CAUGAGGAGGCUCCUGGUUCUUGCUUUCGUGGCAGCUAGCGCCUAUGGGUGUGGUCGUCCCACCUUUCCUCCUGUGCUGAACAGGGUGGUGGCGGGAGAGGACGUCAGGCCUCACAGCUGGCCCUGGCAGGUCUCCCUCCAGUCGGACAGCAGUGGGCGCUGGAGACACGUCUGUGGAGGCACCCUCAUCUCCGCUGACUGGGUCCUCUCUGCUGCACACUGCAUCAAUGACCGCUACAACUACAGAGUGGAGCUGGGCAAACACAGCCUGAAGGUGAACGAGGAGGGCUCGAUAGCGUCGAAGGCAGCUACCAUCAUCACUCAUGACGACUACAGUGUUAUGCUGAGCAGAAACGACAUUGCCCUGAUAAAGCUGUCCUCCCCGGUCACCUUCUCUGACACGAUCAUGGCCGCUUGCCUUCCAGACCAGGACGCCAUCCUGCCCCACGGUGCCCAGUGCUACGUCACUGGCUGGGGUCGACUCUCCACAAGUGGUUCUCUCGCUGACAUCCUGCAGCAGGCUCUUCUGCCCGUGGUUGGACACGAUGUCUGCUCACAGCCCGACUGGUGGAGCGUGCUGGCGACAGACAAGAUGGUGUGCGCUGGAGGAGAUGGCAUCACUGCAGGCUGUAAUGGAGACUCCGGUGGCCCCCUGAACUGCCAGAACCCUGAUGGCUCCUGGGACGUCCACGGUGUGGUGAGCUUCGGCUCCGGUCAGGGCUGCAACGUCUUCCAGAAGCCCACUGUCUUCACACAAGUCAGCUCCUACAUCGACUGGAUCAACUGGGUCAUGACCAACAACUGA